AUGGAACUUGGAAGGAGGAAUACCAAGAAAUAUACUUUCAAAAGUCCUGACUUAACAGAGUUGAAGAAGCUUGGUUCUAUGAUAGUUAGUCCAGAGGAUUUCAGAGAUCGGUAUGGAAGACUUGUGAGUAUCUUGAAGACCAAGGUUGAAGAUGGAGUUAUCAAUACCCUGUGGUUUAAAGAAGACCCUACACCACUAGCUAUUGCAGAAGAACUUCACCUAGAAACGUCUGUUGUGAAGGUCAACUUCAUUACAGAAGGAGAGAUUCUAGGUCUAACCUCUAGAUUCCUGAUGGAGGAAGCCUUUGUCUUUGCAGAAGUAGAUAGUAGAGAUGCAUUUGAAGACAUUUUUUCUCUACUCAUUUAUGGAAUUGUGCUCUUCCCAAACAUUGAUAACUUUGUGGAUGUUAAUGUUGUACGAAUCUUCUUAAUUGGUAACCCAGUACCUACAUUACUUGGAGAUACCUACCAUUAUAUCCAUCAUAUGACUAAUAAAGGUGGUGGAACCAUUCUUUGUUGUGCACCUCUCCUAUAUAAGUGGUUUAUUUCUCACUUACCUGGAUCCAGGAUCUUUAGGGAGAAUCCACGGAAGCUCAGAUGGUCUCAGAGGUUCAUGUCCAUUGAUCAAGGGAAUAUACAUUCGUAUGACCCCUUCUAUGAUGUUGGAGUAAUUAUUGACAGAUGUGGUGAAUUUCCCAAUGUACAUCUCCUUGGUGUACAUGGAGGAAUUAACUACAACCUCAUCCUUCCCAGACGCCAGUUAGGAUAUCCUAUGGAAGAUAAACCUGAUAACCUUUUGUUGUCAGGUUUCUUUUACCAUAACGAAGAAGAGAGUUCCGAUUUGAAGGAUAGAAUCAUACAUGCUUGGCGCAAUAUUCAUUGGAAAGGAAAAGGUCAAUUAGGAAGAAAGAAUUGUGUUGCUUUUGAGCCCUACACCCAAUGGGUUUAUGUUAGAGCCAGUGAACUUAAGAUGCCAUAUGCUUCUGAGAAGCCCUAA